CUUGCAGUAAAAAUAACCAAACCGGAAUUCAAAACCUUGAUUGGAAUAGAACUUCACAAAAUACAUAAUAUAGAGAGAGAGAUGGUGGAGGCGAGAAGUUUGAGGAAGGCGGUGGUGCCGUCCACACUCAUUCAGAAUCCAUCUCCCGGAAACAUACAGCCCACUCGUCUCGCCCUACAUGUUAGCAAGGACGGUUCUUCUUGUUGGGCUUACAUCGCUUCCGGUUCCCACAUUUACAAACUCCAGAUAUCUCUGGAAGAUUCUUUGGUAAACAAAGGGAAAGAAAGCCUCCUGAUCCCUGGACAGGCACAGGUUAUGGACUCUUUCUUAGUCAACCGCUGUCCUCAUCGUUCAGAAAUCCAGAGUAUAGUGCUUACAGAAACUGAGAGCACUGACUACUUGAUGUUGGGAAGUGUAGAUUCCUAUGGUCACCUCAUUGUAUCUAAACUAGAUACUACUGGUAAAGAUGCUAAUAGGCUGACAUAUUCAGUAUUGCCACAAGAUGGUGGUGUUGGUGAAGGCAGUUGGGCAGGGCUUUGCUUCAGUCCAAGUCAAUUGUCUAUGGCUGCUGUGGCACGUAGCUUCUGCAAAACAGUUGAUGUUUAUGACCAGGAUAUCCAUGUCAGAACUUUACAUACACUCUGGUAUCCCUCUUCAUUGAACUUUAUACAAAAUCUAUUUCAUGGGAAUGAAAGCUCUAUAUUAGCCAUCACUGAAGGCUGCCAGCUGACUAUAUGGGACUUACGAAUGAAAGAAAAUGGCGGUUGUCUACACCGAAUCUGUGGUUCCCCUGGUGAUGUCUUUUAUGCUGUCUGCGGUUCUUCAACUGGUAAUGUUGCAGUUGGUGGGGCUGAUCGUACUGUGACCAUAUUUGAUCCUCGCAGAUGGUCAGCAUUAUCAAGAUGGGUGCACUGCUCAAAAUAUGAGAUAACUGGGCUUGCUUUUUCAUCAAUUGACCCUGACCAUAUCUAUAUACAAGGGGUUGACUAUGAGGUUUUUUGUGGACAGUGGAAAGAAAACAAGAAGGUAUUUUCCUAUAGAGGAGACUCAAACUGGCUUGGGUUUUGCAAGUGCCCCAAAAGGGAUGUUUUGGGCGGAUGGUGUGACUCAGGUAGCAUUUUUGUAGCUGAUAUUGUAGCUAAAGAGAGUGAAAUCGUCAACGGUUAUCCAGAGUAGUCAGUCUUUCUACACGUGUCAGUGUUACAUGGGUCCCACAUCAUGUCUGCAAGCAGUCACCUGUGCUCCAGUUAAGCUGUUUUUUUAGAUAAUCCAUAGUCCAAGCGACAUAUAUAUUAUAUGGUGUAUAUCUAUUUGGCAAUUUUGAUUUUAACACACAAACAGACGUACUUGUCAAGCUUUUCCACCACACAGCAAGGCUAAAUGAGCUCUGAUCUAGCAAUGUGGUUUCUGCAGUUAGGUUGGGUAUUCUUCUCUUUCUUAUGAUUACUAUAGAACUGACAAUUGAAAUGUCAAAAUUGUAAAAUUAAAUUAAUGGCUCAUAUAACUACGCCAGUUUUUUGCCUUCA